AAAUAUAAUAACAAGUUACUAGCAGGCAGAAGCAUGGCCUCGAUACUAAGAUCUUCGAAAUUUGUUAGAUAUAUUGCUGGAUUUGCAAGGAAUAUCGUUGCAAACACACCCCGCGAGUUUGACGGAAACUUCAUAAACACAUCACAAUGCCUGUGCGGUGCCUUACCUAGAUCGUUUGCAACACAAGUUUCCGCACAACACGAACAAAAUCUCGACAGUUGUCUACGACGGCUCGACCAGGAUGUGCGUAGGUCGGGCCGAAUAUCUCGCAGGGACAUCGAGGAUGUCUUGGAGGAAAUACGAAAUGCACGUUCCGCAACAAGUUCCCAGUCGCUGUUGGUCAUCAGAUGCUGCGGUAACUUGGUUCCCGAAGAAUUACCCGAAACCAGAACCAAACUGGUUCAGGAAAUUUGGAACACGCUCAAGAAACUGAAUGUCCCGAUGGAUAUUUCCCACUACAAUGCUUUGCUGAGAGUAUACUUGGAAAAUGAAUACAAUUUCUCACCGACCGAUUUCCUUGCUGAAUUGGAGUCCAAGGGAAUCGAACCAAACCGAGUCACUUACCAAAGAUUGAUCUCCCAAUAUUGCAAUAUUGGGGAUAUUGAAGGAGCAACUAGAAUUUUGGAAUUUAUGAGGGAGAAGCAGUUACCUGUGAACGAAAAUGUGUUCAAUGCUCUCAUUAAUGGUCACUCACAAACUGGAGACAUGGAAUCGGCGCGCGGGAUUAUAACAGUCAUGUCCCAAGCUGGACUCGAACCAUCAGCUGAUACAUACACAACCUUACUAUGCGGAUUUGCUAAAGUCGGGGAUAUGAACACAAUAAACGAACUUUACGCUGAAUGUGAAACAAAAGAAAUAUAUCUUUUGGAUAAGGAUUUCCUUGAUAUCAUCUAUACACUAUCAACUAACGGCCACGAACAACAUGUUCCAGAAGUCCUCAGUAAGACUCGUAAAGCUUUUGGAUAUUCUCAAGACGCAAUCAACGUUAUAUUAAGAUUAAUCAACAAAGGACUUAUCGAAACUGCGUAUCUAAUUCAACAGUCGAUUCCAAGACUUAACAAAGCGGACGGCAGUGUACAACCAAUUGGAGCAUUCUUUAUUAAGCAAAUGGUAAAGACAGGAGCGAGUUUCGAAGAGAUCAUUGAAGUCGUUGAUAAAUUGGAGAAAGAUGGGUUAUACGAUCGUGGACUUACUCAUGCUACCGAAUGCGCUCUGCAACAGGGUAAUGAUGAAUUAACUGUUAAAUUGUUCCAUCAAAUGAAAUCUAAAGGUCUUCCAAUACGACAGCAUUACUUCUGGCCUUUGAUCAUUGCUAAAUCUGGAGAUCGUUCAGGUGAAGGUAUUUUGAAUGUUUUAAACGAAAUGAUCUCCUUCGGCAUACAACCAAAUAACGAAACCAUUCGCGAAUACGUUAUUCCAAAUCUGCAAGGAAAGAGCAGCGAUAUUAUUUCAAAACUGCGAAUUGCCAACAUUUCAAUUGGAUCUGCAGCUUCCAGCUUAGUGUUGUCUCUCCUACAUAAAUUCGAUAUAGUUGAAGCGUCCAUUAUCACUCAAACUGUCGAAGCGUACUACAAUCCAGAUAUGAUAAAGAAACCAUUGACUGCUGCAUUUUACAAGACUGGAAAUGUAGAUGCCUAUGUCUCCAUCGUUAGGCAAGUUUUUGAAAAUAUGGAUAAGAAGGCUGAAUUAGAAAUUGAGGGUUCUGUGGAUAAAAUUGAAGUAGUUGGUAUACUUCUAUUUGAUCUUGCAACGCAUUCAAGGCAAUUCUCGAGUAUAGCUGAACAAGUUUUUAAAUCAAUGGUAAAUGAAGGUUUAACUAUUAGUACAGUGACAGCUCAAAAAUUGGAAGAGAAAUUGGGCGAGAAAAUGACUCCUGAAAUGUCCAAGAUGCUUGGCUCCUUAUCAUCAGGUGAACUGACGUUGAAACCAUUUGAACGUAAAUAUCCAUCUUACACACCAUCACAUCAAAUGAAUAUUCCUCAAUUGGAACGACUCGUUCAAAACUUGGAAGCUAAGAAACAAGACACUAAAGGUUACAAAAGGCAGCUACUUUCCUUAUAUUACAGACAGAAGGAAUUGGAAAAAAUGCAGGCUUUGUACAAAUCCUUUGAACAAGAUCCAGACUUCAAGUAUACAACAGGUGUGUAUGCUCAAUUAAUGGACACAUGUGCCUAUCACGAAAAGUUUGAUGAAAUGAAGCACUACUUGGCUAAAAUUCAGGAAAACGAUUCACAAUUUGAAAUUGACGAAUCUAAAUUGAUUAGGUUGGUGACGGUAUUCGUUAAAAAUAAUGAAAUGGACACAGCGCUCGAAUUUUUGAAACGUCCACGUGAACGUAAAACUGAAGAAAGAAGUUACAAUUAUAAUUCACUUUGUUGGAGAUUAUUGAAUUAUUUGGCUGAACAAGGAAAGACCCAGGAAUUGCAACAAGUAUUUGAUGCUAUGACUCAAAAUGAUUUGUUGGAUAUUAGUAAUGUAACUUUAGGACCAUUGAUCAAAGUACAUCUAGUUAACAAUGACCUGAAUGCAGCCCUUGACAAAUUCGAAUGGUGCUGUAAGCAAUUUAAGGCUACUCCAUGGAAAAAUGAUUUGGCUUGUAAAUUGAUCCAAAAUGAGGAUGCUGAAAAUUUACAGAAAUUGACAGAUUUGAGUACAUCAGUUCAUGGUGAAAUCAACAGUUUGUACGAUCUUGUAUUUGCUUUCGUUGAAUGCGGAAGAAUUAGGCAAGCGAGAAAAAUUUUGGAAACUCCGGGAUUGCAGAACAGACCACAGAGGAUUAAUUUGGCUUGUCAGAGAUAUCAACAAGAAGGUCUGGUCAAGCCUUUGGAAGGAUUAAGAGAUGCAACUAAGGAUUUGAACCACAUCGAUCGCACUGAUAUUUAUUAUCAAUUAUUGUUAAGUUACAUCAAACAAGUAGAUACUGACAAAGCUAUUUCUCUCUGGACUCAAAUGCAAGAAGAAGAUAUAAGUGCUAGCGACCAGUUUUUGAUAACAUUAGGAAAAUUCUUGAAGAAUAAUAAUGUGGAAGUACCUUUUCUUAUACCAGAGCAACCUAAAAAGCAGACAAAAUUGAUUAAGACACCUCAACCAGUACAAGUACCGGCGGCCACACCGAAAAAAGAUUUAACGGUGUUUAGACAAGUUCUGAAAUCUGCUGAUGUAGACAAAGCGAUGGAAAUUAAGAAAAACUCGAAUGAAAACUUCACAGUUACUGAUAUAUCUUUGUUGAUUGAAAAGUUAGUGCAAAACGACAGACAAUUGGAAGCGACCAAAUUAACUGAGGAAAUGUUAACUAAACAACAAGUACCAAUUACAAGAGUUUUUAGAUUUCUAUUAAACAAACUUGCAAAUAGUGGAGACUUCCAAGCCAUUGAACGUAUUGGAAAACAUCUCGAUUGUGAAACUAAAAAAAUAGUAUCUUUCGAUAAUAGGAUUUGCCACGCAAAUCUGGUAGCAGGAAAAGCAGAAGAUUAUUUGCUUAAAUUAGAGACUGAAAUUGAUAAUGCCAAUGAGUCAGACUUGACUGUGAUUGGUGAAAAAUUCCCAAGAGGUGGAGCAGUUGGUAUAUUAGAAAGACAUCCAGAGUUGUUGGAGAAAUAUGAGAAUGUAGCUAUUAAAUAUGCCAAACGAGGCAUCAUUGCCCCAGUCAACGUUUUGUGGUCUCACUACUUUAUUAAUAAUAAUGAAGCAAAGGCAACUGAAGUUUGGAAUACCCACAUGCAAGGAGCUCCAAGAAUAAUGUUCCAAAGGGUUGUGCAGCAUGCGAGAGGAACCAAUGAUGAAAAUCUCACUGCUAAAUUAAUCGAACAUUUAAAAACAAGUAAAGUGACGGAAGGAGCUCUAGGAAAUGCGUAUAGUUGUUUAUUAGAUGUAUUAGUCAAUAAGGAGAAACACGAAGAAGUCAUCGAGAAUUUUGAAGAAGCCAUAAAAACAGUACCAUUAGAUAACAUCAACAGAACGGCUAUUUUAAGAGUCAAGGAGUCUUACGAAAAAUUAAAUAAGCCUUUCAACCAUACAAUUCCAGCGAAGAGUAACAAGAGUCAAACAAGCACGAGCAGUUCAAGUAGUAGCGAUGAUGACGUUUCUAAACAGAAACAUUAAUCAUUUAUAGAUUAUAUAAAUAAGUUAAAAAAAUGUCUUCUAUGAUUUAUUAUCGUUGUAUGUCAGUAAUUUGUAACUAAAUAAGUGCAUUUUUAUUUGGUUGUUGAAAAUUGCUGAUUUUAUUCUACUUGCUGUAUUAUUUGUGUAUCAUUCAUAUUCAAUAAAUUUGUUGUUUAUUUUUUAAAUGAU